AUGUCUUCAUUUUCAUCAAUAAGAUCACAGGCUGUUUCAUUAGAAAAUCAAACAAGCGCGCUCUUGUCUAGAUAUUCAAGUUUUGCUGUUUCAUCAACAAGUAGUCCAACAGCCGAAGAGACCAAAUUGGAAAAACAGAUUGAAACGAUAUUGCAUAAGAGAGAUGAAAUCCUAAACAACUUGACUAGAAUCACGGAAUCAGAUUCUUCAAUAUCAACGGUUAAAUUACAACAAUUAUCAAGACAUAAAGAGAUUCUACAAGAAAAUUGGAAAAACUUUGGACAAAUAAGAAGUUCAAUAUUACAAGAGCGUAAUAAAUUAAAUUUAUUAUUCAAUGUCAAAUCAGAUAUCGAACAACAUCAAAAAACAAAUCAAAUUGAAAAUGAAUUGGAUUAUAUUCAAGAUGAAAGUGUUCGUGCAAAUAGAUUGAAUAAUUUCGCAGACACUUUAAUAAGUAGGGCUUAUGAAACAAGAGAAAACUUGUUGAGCUCAAACUCUGUUAUAAAUAAUGCAUCAAGUAGAAUUGGGAAUAGUAUGAGUUCAAUUCCAGGUUUAAAUGUUGUCAUUUCCAAGAUUAAUACAAGAAGAAAAAGAGAUGCUUUGAUUUUAUCUACAUUGAUUAGUGCUUGUAUAUUGAUUUUAUUCUUUACAAGGUGA